UUGCAUUGCAGUCGUGAUUAGAACCAAAAGUUAAGGUUAAUAAUGGCUUGCAGCCUAUCACUUGCUCUGGGAGUGUCUUUGGAAAUUUGGAAGGAGGCUGCGACAUGGCAGGGACGCAGAGCGCUGAACCCGACCAACUGGGACAAUGCUGGCAGUACAAAAACAAUGGUUCAAGGCAUAAUUCGUCAGGCAGCCCCAGGCCAGGAGAGAAAAGCCAUAAAAUCAAUAAUCAUCCUAAUCACUUGGGAAAUAUGGCAGGAAAGGAACAGCUGCACUUUCAGGGGGGAAAUCGCCUGUCCUGCUGAAGUCGUCAGCAAGAUUCGAGCAAAUUUAGGGUUUUGGCGCCUGGCAGGGACAAAAAAUGUUUUGCGCACCCCUUCGGUAUUGCCCCUAGGGCUUGUUCUAUUUUCUGUUUUUCUUCACCCAUAUGAUCACUUGAUCAAACCUUGUUUUCCGCUCCCUCCUAAUCAAUGAACGCCAGCAGCAUGCCGGAUCUUUCAAAAAAAUAAUGGCUUGCAGCAGGGUGUGUGUGACCUGGUCAGGGUCAGCAAGUCCUCAAAGUUCAGUCUUGGAUCACCCCAUCCAUCUGAAAGCCAAGGACCAUGACCAACAUGCAGCAAGGCACAGACAGUACAUUCAUUCCAAGUCUUCAUCUAGCUAGCUGUGCAAGAGCUAACCAUGAAUUUCUUGCCACUAGUUAAUCGCCCCGUGUUGACUGCGAGAGCUAACAGCAACGCACAGCUGCAUCAUGCGUGCGUGCUCGAACUUGUAUCGAUUAUAUUACGUAGCAAACCUCGGCCUGGGCCUGGAUCGGGUGACCACACGCAACUGAUCAUACAAGAAGAUGCCAACCGGCGCCAAAUUUAAAACAGAGUGCUUCGGUUCCAAUGCAUACCCUAACCUAUGCUGACAGCAAAGUUAUAUAGUUAAUGAACCAAACAGGGAAGCAUCACUCACCGGAUAUUCUUCCGAUCCCGAUUCCAUUCCGUCCACCAUCUCAAGAACACAUUAUGUAAUCAGUUCAGCAACACUGUUACUUGCUGCUAGUCAGGCCCAAGGUCAUUGCAUUGCAUUGCCUUUCUGGUUAGCAGCAGUUAAGGUUACAGCUGAGCUGACCGAACGGAAACGUUGACCUCGUCACGCCCAGCAUGGUCUUGAGAUCACUGGCUGGGAUCAUUAUUUCAAAGAUGAGAAGCUAGUACGUUGACCGUUGACCGGCCACAAAGAUACCGUUGGUAUAUUCCAGCUGGCCAGCUGUGCAAGAGCAAGCCUGCCAUGCAUUCCCUGCCAUUAACUGCUCUCUGUUGACUGAAGGAGAUAGCAGGGCUGCUGAAAGAGAUGGCCCGUGGCUAAGCAGGCCAGGAAGCUUCUCAGAAGCAGCUGUCGCCGAUCUCCGGCCUCACGUUGAAGGGGUGAUAUCUUCUCCACCGAAAAUUCUGAAUGACAUCUACGAUGGACGUCGACUGAAUUUGCCGGUUGGAGAACGACCUUGAAGCUCCGGGACCAACUUCUUGUUUGUUUCUGCAUCACAUCUACAGAAAAGUUGACCCCCGGGCUGAGAGCGCAAGAGAAAGCAGCCAUUUGUUUGCUCCUCCUUGCUCCCAUCUGCCUUGUCGCCUUGGCUGCCAACACCAACAACAACAAACUCAAAGGCUAAGGGUAUACACUUUUUCACUUUUGUUUUCUCUUCUCUUGGGAGAUUGCAUAUGCACUUUUUCACUUAUCUUCUCUGCACUCUGAGAGGUUGCUAGCUGGUUCUUCUCUUCUCUGGUGGUAGCUAACUGUUGGUGGUUCCACAUGGCCAUGGUCAGCAGAGCCCGCGCUUCUCUCCCUUCGCCGUCAUCGUCACCAUUGCCGGCCUUCUCCCCUCGGUCGCCGCAGUCCGAGGUGGUGGAGAGGAUGUUCACGCGUGGAGGGAGCGGGCGGUCGUCGUCGUCCAGUGCCAGCGGGGCUAACAGGAGCGCCAGCCUCAGAGAGAUCGACGAAGAGGCCGCCAUCUUGCACGAUGCUGAUGAUGAUGACGGCGGAGGGAAGCUGUAUGUCGCCGUCGGUAAGGACAUCAAAGACAGCAGAUCCAACCUCGUCUGGGCAGCUCGGAACCUCUUCGCCGGUGAUCCCAAGCUUGUCCUGCUGCAUGUCCACCAGCCUGCCGACAGAAUCAUGAUAGGAUUAUGCAAGGUUCCAGCAAGCCAGGUCGAGGAAAAGGAGCUCAAAGCAUACAGAAAGAUUGAGAAGGAGGAGAUGAACACACUUUUAAACCAGUACCUCAAUUUCUGCAGAGUUUCUCUCAAGAUGCAAGCUGAAACGCUGGUGAUCGAGAAGAACAGUCCUGCAAAUGGGAUUAUUGAGCUCAUUGAUCAGAAUCGCAUUACAAAGCUUGUUAUGGGAACAUCUUCCUUCUCAGUGAAGAGGAAAGUACCAAAAUCAAAAGUUGCAGCCAGUGUGCAUCUGCAGGCCAAACCAUAUUGCCAGAUCUUCUAUAUUUGCAAAGAGGCUCUUGGUUGCUCUAGGGAGGCCACUGAGCUUUGUGCAAAAGUAGAGUCACCCCGAAGUAGCUUUGCAAGCACUAUCUCAGAUCAACCUGAGUUAACUCCAAGAUCCCUAUCACUGCCACCAGGGCAUCCAGGUCUUUUAGGCGCUACAGGCCAACAACCCUUUCCACGGCGGUCCAACUCAGUCAGUUAUCCCUUGUCUGGAUUGAUAGCAGACAGUGUAGAAAACAUGUCAGCUGCAAGGCGGCAGUCAAUUGAUAGUCUCUUAGGCUCUACAGAUCAACAGGCCCUACCACGACGGUCCAACUCAGUUAGUUAUUCCUUGUCUGGAUCGAUAGCGGGCAGUGUAGAAAUCAUGUCACCUGCAAGGCGGCAGUCGAUUGAUAUGACACCAACAGGUUCCUCUCCGAGUUCCAGCCAACAAAGCACUGGUGGGUCCUCAUUGGGUCUGAGGGAUUUGGACAGUAUGGAUGGUUCACCGGUGCCUGCUUCAGUUGCAAGCUCUGAAGAACAUCAGCACUCUACGGUGGAAAUACAUGAAAUGUUUGAGCAACUGCACCGAGUCCGCAAUCAGCUAGAGCGCUCGAAAAAGGAAGCAUCUGAGGGCCGGCAGAAAGCCGAGAGGGACUUGUUUGAGUCUUCUAUGAUGUUCAAAGCACGGGAGAGUUCACUCCGCAAAGAAAAAAAGGAGGUAGAGGAAAGGCUAACAAAAGAAAAGGCUGACCUUGAAAAAGAGCACUUCCAUGUAUGCAACGAGCUGCAGAAGGCAAAUGAGCAGAGAGCAGAAUUGGAGAGCAAGCUUCUCCAGACAAAUGCCCUAAUGGAAGAGCUCCAACAGUUGCAAGUGGAGCUGCAGCGUGAGAAAGACCAUGCUGUUAAAGAAGCUGAAGAAAUGCGCCAAACAAAUGGUAACAGUGUAUUUGGCUCUACUAGUGCUGUUGCCCUAACAGAAUUCAGCUACACAGAGAUAGAAGAAGCGACCGACAACUUUGAUGACUCCAAAAAGAUUGGCAGUGGUGGGUGUGGAACCGUCUACAAGGGAUUUCUCCGUCAUACUACCGUAGCCAUAAAGAAAUUCAACCGUGAAGGCACAACAGGAGAUAAAGAGUUCAAUGACGAGGUAGAAACACUUUCUAGGAUGAGGCAUCCAAACCUUGUCACUCUGAUAGGAGUGUGCAGGGAGGCCAAAGCGUUGGUCUUCGAAUUCCUGUCGAACGGAAGCCUAGAGAACUGCCUGCAGGGCGAGCACCAAAGAGAGCCGCUCUCAUGGCGAAUGCGCAUCAGAAUCGCUGCCGACAUCUGCACGGGACUUAUCUUUCUCCACUCCAACAAACCAAAAGGCAUUGCCCAUGGCGAUCUGAAGCCUGACAAUGUCCUUCUUGACAAUAGCUUUGUUUGCAAACUGGCAGACUUUGGAAUCUCUCGUCCCUUGGAUCUAACAAACACCACCGUCACCCCUUACCACCGAACAAACCAAAUUAAAGGCACAAUGGGAUACAUGGAUCCAGGAUACAUCGCCUCAGGGGAGAUCACAGCUCAGUAUGACGUCUACUCCUUUGGUGUAGUUCUGAUGCGGUUGCUAACUGGCAAGAGCCCCCUAGGCCUUCCGAAUGAGGUGGAGGCAGCCUUGAGCAAUGACAUGUUGCAAGAUAUAAUUGAUACUUCUGCAGGGGAAUGGCCAACUGAAUACACUGAAGAGUUGGCAAGAUUAGCACUCAGAUGUUGCCGGUAUGAACGGAAGGAACGGCCUAAUCUUGCAAAUGAAGCCUGGGGUAUCCUGCAAGCUAUGAUGAACUGUCCAGACGAUAAAUGCAAGCCACCAACGUUUUUCAUCUGUCCAAUGACACAGGAGAUCAUGAGGGAUCCACACAUUGCUGCCGAUGGAUUCACAUAUGAAGGUGAGGCCAUCAAGGACUGGCUUCAAAGGGGGCAUAAAUGUCCCCCAUGACCUACCUCAGCUUCACACACCAUGAGUUAAUGCCGAACAAUGCCCUUCGUUUUGCAAUUCAAGAAUGGCAAAUGCAACAGCAACCGUGAUUUUUUAACCUUCCAUGGUUUGCAAGUGUGUAUAGUCUGUGUAGAGAAUUUAUUUUCCCCCACUUUAGCAGUUAGCGCUUUCUCAAUGUUUGGGCCCAAGGCCGAGAAGUGAUGUACAUGUUUUCGGUCUCAUGUGUUUGGGAUGAACUGACAUGGCAUGUAACUCUCCAGGAGAGAGUAGCUAUUUUUAGGUUCAUUGAAAAGUGAUGUCAUGUGUAUGACCAUUUUAA